AGUAUGAACAAAAGAAAGACUGUGCUGGUGGCGACGCAUUGAACGAGGUUGGGUGUGGCAGCAGCACCAGACGACAAGGGGCGGAGGGCUACGCGGCGUUCCCCCCCGCUUCCACCUCGCCACGCCGUGCCGCGGCGAGACGAUCGAGAGCUUUCCAUCACCAAAACUUCCAGCGUACACUUGGAAUGAGAACAAUAAUAAACAAUAAUGAACCGUUUCGAACCUGACUCGGUCUCGGUUUAACCCCAUUCUUACCCGAUCUCAUCCAUCAGCAGCGUUUCGCAUCAGAGGAGGAGGAAAGCGAUGGCGGACAAGGCGAGCCGAGCUCUGGUAGUCUACGGCGACGGCCUCGCCGAUCUCGUCUCCCCUCUGCACUCCCAUCUCCACUCCUUCGUCUCCCGCGCCUCCUGCGGCUUCCUCUCCCUCAGAGAUCCCCCGGACGCACAGGAAUCAGAAAAUGCCAGAAGAAUUAGAGAGAUAGCACAGCUAUUGGAUGUAUAUGACUUUUAUACGGCAAUGAAGGGACAUCAUGCUGAAAUGAAUAUCAGCAAGGAUAAAGAUGAUUUGUCAGUUCCAACAAUCUCACAAAGGUUUAUGGGUCUCAGAGCUGCCAUAUUUACUGAUUGCAUUGAUGUUGGAUCUUUUGCUUCAAAACUUGGAUUUACUGUUUCACAACUUUCUGAGUUGAUUAAGAGGGUUCAUGCUGGUGUUAAUCCCUAUGAAAAUUUUGACAACAAUGCUACUGUGCUUGAAUUGCUGAAGCUUCUAGGAUUUUCAGGCGGAGAAGUCCUUGAAGAUUAUGAUUAUGAUUUAGUGUUUUUGCACAUCACACCAGAUCAUAAAUUGAAUGAUGAGAAAAGUGGGAAGGCCAUCAACACCGAUAUUAAUUUUUUCAACAAGUUAGUUGGUGGAGUAGUGAAUGCUGCUCAUCCUGGAUCACUGGUGGCUUCUCGUCUACACUUCUCUGUUGUGUUAAGUUAUGGUGCUGUUUCUGGUAGUGACCAGAGUUGCUCCUUGAAUCUGAACUUAUUUACGGAAACAAACUCUGAUCUAUUAUUACUUUGUCCUCACCAAAGCUACACUAUGAAAGGCAUCACCAUCCAAUGUUGAUUGCCCAGUGGCAGGAGGGUGUAACCCGCCGGGAUAUAGCCAUGAAAUUUUGUUUUGAUGAUUUUAGGGAGGUAUAAAAUGCUUUUGACUAAGUACAAUGUUUUGUUUCAGUUAAUUUGAUACUUUGUUUAUUGAUCCUUGCAAGUUUUGUAUGCAUGCUUAUUAUUUUGGGGUAAGUUGAAGAAAAUGUUUUCCUUAUGUGUCAGCCUUCUAGGAAUUUUUUUAUUCUUAACCAAUAGUAAAUUUCUGCGCUUUUAUAAUUUUUAAAUAAGGCAUCAAGUAAUCGAUACCAUAUUUUAUUGCUUGCUCUCUUGGUGGCUAAACCUAUAUGUUCUUUGUGGAAUAUAGUGCUCAAGCCAUAUAUCAGUCAUCCUUUUAAGCCUUUUCUAUAAGUAAAAACAUCCUUGAAGCAUGAACCCGUGUAGGUCAUCUGGAGUGACCUUUCUCUUGGCUUACAACGCUUUCCUACAAUUUAGAUUAGCUUCCUGAGUUUCUUAAUUAUAGUCCUUGGUACCUGUAGAAGCCCUUUAAGAUUGUUUGGUUGGCUAGAUAAACUAACUUACCUAUGCCAAUAUGCUAUAUUAUAAAAAAAAAUAAUAUUGAAGUAAAAAUAUGAAAAUUUGAUUUAUUUAUUUCAAACAAGACUGAAGAUUUAGAAGGGCCGAAGGGGAGUCUUGACAUAACUGUAAAGUUAUGGCUGUGGGAUCUAGAGGUCAAGGAUGGACCUGUAUUAGCGGGAGCUUUGUGGAUCGAGUUGCCCUUUGAACAAGGCUCAAGAUUUCAAGUAAUAUUAGUAAUCCAGUAUUAUGUCCUAUUUUUCAUAAAUAUCAAAUUGAAAAACAAAGUGAAAAUAUUUAUAAAUUUUUAUUUUAGAUUGUCAUAAACAUAUGACAUCAACAUGAACUUUGCAUUUGGAUUCAGUGAAUAGGAACAAAAAAAAGUUUAGCAAUAACAAAUACUUUUAAUUUUUAUUAUCAGGAAUUUCAAAAAGUCAAUAUAAGUAGAAGAUCUUUCUCUGAUUUGCUUUCAGAUGAGUGAUUACUUUAGCAUGAUUUCAUAUGUUUUUUUGGCAAAAUAUCUAUGUGCCUUUUCUCUCUCUAAAUCAUCAAUGGAUGCCCGUCUUGUUUUUUAUGUACGCUAAAUAUUGACAUCAACAUCAAGUCUGCAUCCUUAUUUAAUUAAAUAAAAAUUUAAAAAUUAUUUUGGUAACUAUAAUCUUGUAAUUUUUAUUGUUAGAAUAUACCAAAUAAGUAAAUAACAUAUAUUCUAUGAAUAGCUUUGCCCACUUGGUAAGUGAUUAUUUUAGCAGGACUUCCAAGGUUGAUGAUUAAUGAGAAACUAUCUAAUUUUGUGAUUCUUGCUUAUUUGGAAACAAACCUUUACAGUAAAUUUGUGCAGGAUAAGUAUAAGUUAUAUGCAAACUUUUGAUGAAUUUGAAAUCAACUUAAACUUCCAACUGAAAAUUAAGAUGAUUUGACUCUAAUUUUGCUUAAAAUAA